UGCAGACUUCACGGACAGCACGCUGUGGGCUAUUUGUGGAGGUGAUGGUGCAGAAUAGCUGUUUGGGUGUCGGAACUGAACAGAAUGGAUAAAACUCUUCUUCUCCUUACCCUUAUCCCUCUUGACACACCUGCUGUGUGUGUGAAAUCUGACUUCUGAUAGAAAGAAAUCCCAAUCUUCCAGGAUGACCAGGAUUGACGAUGUGAUGAAGCUGUGCUGCGAACUCUCUGCAAACCAACAGGUUAAGACUGCAGUGAAGCACUCUGGAAAAGGUGCACUGACUGCUGGAGGCCUUGCCUUUGCUGGUGGGUUGGUAGGUGGUCCACUUGGCAUUGCAGUUGGUGGGGCUGUUGGAGGCCUGCUGGGAUGCUGGAUGACAACUGGCCAGUUUAAACCACUGCCUCAGAUAAUCCUGGAAAUGACACCAGAUCAGCAGCAGAAACUCUAUGAAGAUAUCAUGGCUGUUUUGGGAUCUGUAAACUGGACUGAUGUAGCCCAGUUAACUGCCAUAGUAAUGGGGAAUGCAUCAUUGCAGCAGCAGGUGACGGCUGCUUUACUGGCCUACGUUCAAAAAGAGCUCCAAGCAGAGGUUCAUUAUGUUGACUGACAACAAGGUGGAAACAAGACAGAGAGCAUUUUGCCAAAACCGGGAUUAAUUUUAUUCCUUACGUACUGUUUAAUUUAUUUUAUAAAAUGUGAUUAAUGUGUAUUUAACUAAUUAUGGCACAGGUGUUUACUGACUAAAUUAUGGUUUGCUUAGGAGCAUCAGUAAAGACGGAAAAUGCUGGAAUCUGUAAAUAAAUAAAUGAAGCAAAUUGA